CUCGCGGCUCAUAUGAAGCUCGGACGGUUGCGGGCGAGAUUUUUCAGGGCGGAAAAGAAAGAAACGAGCCGUAGAAGGGGGGGGGGGGGCGCGAAGAGCGACGAAAGAUGGACCGGUACCAGAGGGUGGAGAAGCCGCGGGAGGAGACGCCAAUUAAUGAGAAUGAGAUCCGCAUUACUACUCAGGGGAGAAUGCGCAGCUACAUCACUUAUGCCACCAAUCUACUUCAGGAGAAAGGUUUAAAUGAAAUUGUCUUUAAGGCAAUGGGAAGAGCUAUCAACAAAACCGUCAUGAUUGUGGAACUGAUCAAGAGAAGGAUCAUUGGUCUCCAUCAGAAUACUGCUAUUGGAUCUACUGACAUAACUGAUACAUGGGAACCAUUAGAGGAAGGCCUACUUCCGCUCGAGACCACUAGGCAUGUGUCUUUGGUCGCUAUAACUUUGUCUAAGAAGGAGCUUGAUACAUCCUCUGUUGGGUAUCAACCUCCUUUACCCACAGACCAGGUGAAACCAUUAGUUGAAUUUGACUAUGAUGGAGAGGGCUCACCUGCUGGACGAGGUAGAGGCCGUGGUGGUCGUGGUAGAGGAAGGGCUCGUGGUAAGUUUGAUGAUAUGAAAAUGGUUUCUUUUUUCAUCUUUUCAUCCAUUAUAUUUUGUAUUUACAAUUUUUAUUCAGGUAAUGGUACAAUGGAUUAUGGUGAUGGAGGCUGGGACAAUAGAGGUCGAGGGUAUGGUAGAGGUGGCUAUCCCCGUGGCAGGGGCCGUGGUUUCUGGGGUCGUGGCAGAGGAGGUGGGUAUGGUGGCCGGCCUGAUUAUCAGCAAGAUAUGGGUGGCUAUAAUGGAGAGGCACCUCUUCCUGUCCAGGGCCGAGUUGCAGGUCGUGGUCGUGGGAGGGGACAAACUCGAGGAAGGGGACGACAUUCUAGAUCAAAUGGACCAAUCCACACGGGUACUGGUGGGGCUUAACUGGACCUCGGUUUAAGCAUAAUUUCUUAUUUAUGACUCGUUGGAUGCCUACUCCUUUAUAUAGGCUUAUCUUGUCUUUCGGUAAUAGAUUAACCAUAGUUUGUAUAAUCUGUCAUGCUGUGGCCUGGCAGUGGUGUCUCCAUGAUUAUGCUGUCAUGGGCAGCUGUUCCAUUUUCCAUUCUUAUAAGAUUGAGCUAAUUGUAGGAUUGGAUGAAUAGGGCAGUGCAUUCUUUUUUUUUCCCUAAGGCCAGCUUGAUAAAAUAUACUGCUCUUAUCAGUCUCUUCUAAUGAUUUUCCCAGAUGUUCGCUGUCUGUAUAAGUUUGUUGAGAUUGUUCUGUAGAAAAAAGAAUGCUGUUACAAUGACCAUUUUGUCUUUUGCAUUCUAUAUGAGACGGGAUUUUUGUCUUGGCAUGCAUGGUAUACAGAAAAUGGAAUAAAACUUUCAUUUAAAGGCUGAU